AUGCCGCUCAUGGCUCCAACGCUUAAUGAGCCACAUGUUUUGAACCAAAUUAUCAUCUCACCCUCAGAUACAGACUACCUUGACCAACUAAUUCCUUCAAUUCGAGAUUACAGCAUUGGGAACCGGACUCCCCAACUCCUACAGUCACUGUCCCGGUUCGCGAGCGACAAGGAGUCCGAGAUCGAAAGCAUAUGCAACACAAAUCAUCAGGAAUUUGUCUCAUCUGUGAACUCACUGCUUCGGAUUCGAGAAGGGACAGUGCAACUGACAGCGGAGAUUCUGGAUUUGAACCAAUCUAUUCAGACCAGCACAGAGCGCCUAGCCGAGCAGAAGAAGGCACUGGUGGAAUCGCGUGGCCACCGGCAGAACAUCGACGAGACCAGUCGCGCUAUUCAGGAUUGCUUGGAGGUGUUGCGCUUAGCCAAUCAAGUCCAUGACCUGUUGGCAAAGAAGAACCACUACGCAGCGCUGCGCGCCUUGGAAGAACUACAAAAUGUCCACUUGAAGGGUGUGACGCAAUACAAGAUUGCGAUCAUGAUUCAACGCUCGGUUCCCGCGACGCAGAGGGCUAUCGCAGAAGCAGUUAUGUCGGAUCUCAACACCUGGCUCUAUCGUAUCCGAGAAAUGUCUCAAUACCUCGGCGAGAUCGCACUCUUCCACACAGAUCAACGGAAAUCACGACAAAAGCAAAGGGCAGAGAAAACCCCAUAUCUCGAGCAUUUUAACUUGAACUCUGCGAUUGAAUUGGUGUCGGAUGAAGAUGAAGAGUAUGAUCUGCUUCAUAAUGACGACCUUCAAGUUGAUUUCACGCCGCUGUUCGAGUGCUUGCACAUUCAUCAAUCCCUGGGACAUAUGGAUAAAUUUAGGAUCGAGUACGCCACCACCCGCCGAAGACAAAAAGAGCUCUUGCUCCCGUCUUCCAUCACCUUGAUUGAUGAAGAUGGUUCCAGCUUGCACAAUCUCUUGGAAGAGAUGGCCGGAUUUGCUAUUGUUGAACGAGCCACUAUGAAAAGGGCUCCUGACCUUAGGUCAUCUGUCGACGUAAGAACCCUGCCCCCGCAACUCUGGUCUCUUGUCAACGAGGAGGCUUCUAGGAGUAAUCUGACCAGUGCUUGCAAACAGAUUGAUGAGCUGUGGGAUUCAAUGUGCCAAUCGGCCGUGGUAUUGAUAUCGAAAGCCCUCCAUGAAGUCGAUAACGCGGAAAGUAUUCUCAACAUCAAGAACCUGAUCGCUCUUUUCAUGCAAACGAUGAACACUUGGAACUUCCCCGUGCGGAUUUUUGAUGACUUCUUGUUGACACUCUUUGGGAAAUACGCGGAACUUCUCAAGAAGAGAUUCAGUGACGAUUUCCAUGAGAUUGUAACAACGGAUGAUUAUAUGCCCAUGCCCAUACAAACCCGAGAGGAGCAUGACAAAGUACUCAACGUGAGCUGGUACAACCCCGAAAAGCCUCGCGAGGAGCAGAUGUUUCCAUGCAUAUUACCAUUCUCCCGAAUGUAUCCUUUGUGUUGCAUUGAUAUCAGGAAUUUCCUGAACCAAUUCUACUUUUUUGCAAAUGACGGUUUUGCCAAUACAAAUGUGAUUGAUGAGACACUGAAAAAUGAUCUGGAUGACCUUCUCUCACAAGAGGUCUGUGACACCUUAGUGGAGCGUCUUUCCUCCCAAUACUUGGGUCAGAUUGUCCAGAUCCUUAUCAAUCUGGAACACUUCGAGCUGGCUUGCCGCGAGCUGGAACUCUUGCUGGCAGCAGCCCGUUCACAAAAUUCUAUCGGCACGUCGAUCGCGUUGAGGGCUACUGAGAAAUUCAGGAGCAAUAAAAAGGCAGCCGAGAAGCGUAUUUUCGAGGUGGUCAACUCGAAGAUCGAUGACCUUAUUGAGACAGCGGAGUACGAGUGGAUGUCUCCCACACCUCCUACAGAGCCCAGCAAUUACAUGCAAACUUUAACUCGAUUCUUGUCCAAUAUCAUGAACUCCACAUUGCUGGGUUUACCUACAGAAAUCAAAGAGCUCAUUUACUUCGAUGCCCUCAGCCAUGCUGCUAACAUGAUUCUGGCGCAACCGCUCUCUCCGGAUGUGAAGAAGAUCAACCCCAAUGGUGUGAUGGCGUUGGCAAAGGAUGUCGAAUAUCUUGCCCAAUUUGUGGACAGUUUGAACGUACCGAUUCUUCGAGAGAACCUUGAUGAGUUACAGCAAACAGUGCAGUUGAUGCAAGCGGAUAGCGCAGAUGAAUUUUACGACAUUUCCACGAGGAAUAAGAAAUAUGGACGAGUCGACGCUCUGCAAGGGCCCAUUUUGCUUGAAAAGCUUACACGCACUGUUCAAGCUCCCACCAAGGUGGACAAGUUUACAACUCUCUCUUCGCGCUUCAAGAAAACUGGAUGA